AUGUUCAACCCCAACAUCCCCACACCCAACCCCGGCCGUCGCCAAGGUGACCCCAUCGUGAUUGCCGAUGAUGACGAGGACGAAGAACUCGAAACCGACUACCCAGAAGAGAUCUACAUCCAAGCAUUCGAAGGCGAUGAAGACUCUUUAAUCCGCGAACUCGACCUCGAAGAGAGCGAGUCGGCGGAGGACGAUGACGAUAUGCAGGUAGAGUACUCGUUACAGUCUUCGCGGCCUCAGUCGGGUAUAAUGGGGUAUACCUACCCAACAACACCAACCCCCAACCUAGGCCCGACUCUCUACCAAACAACCCUCGACCAAGAACGUCAAAUACGCACUCGCCUCCGCGAAGACCGCCACGCCGCGUUAUGUGUCCUCCUAGACAGGGAACUACUGACUAUACAAGCGUUGGCGCAUCAGGAGGUAAGAACUUCUCCCCCUACCCCACUUCUUCCCUAUAAAUGCAUCACUAAAUCAGUACGAAUGAAUAAUAUACAGACCCUCCCCCAAUGCCGCCGCCGAUUUCUAUCCCGCCUUCUCGCCCCGGAGGACCCCGAAGCCGCGGCCUCGAUCCGCGCAGACCGGUUCACGGUACAGCAUCCUAGCACGAGCAGUAUUGCUUCGUCGUCGUUGUCGACGGUUGCGAUGAUUGUGCCGCGACAGGUGGUGGAUGUGUAUGAGACGGAUGAUGCGGGGUGGAGGAGGCCGAUGAUGGAGCGUGCGGGACGGGGGGGAUCGGUCAGUGCUAGCGGUGCUGGGGGGAUGCAGUCGUCGCCUGCGUCGGUGGGGUCGGGGUCGAUCUCCGGGUCUGGGUCGGCGGCGUCGAAGAUGAAGGGGAGGAUGGGGACGCCGGAUCGGGUGGGGAGGGGAGUGAGAGGGGGGAGGGGGUUGCAGCAGUCGGCGUCGUAUCGGGAGAGGGAGAGGAGGAGGGGGUUGGUUGAGGAGUAG